AGCGACCUUUCAAGUGUUUGAAGGACAGCUCCGUUAGCUUGUCAACGUACUGGAUGCGCAAUGGCGGGCGGGCUCGUGCUGUGAUUGGUGCACAUCUGGGGAAGUGCGGACCUGGCUGGCGCGGUUGCUAUGACGGCAGGCUUCGGAGUCUCCGCCUUCCCGGGCGCCGCCAUCUUGUUGUUGAUUUGAACGGUCAGGAGCGGGUGAGGGGGCGCCAGGACCGAGCCGGAACCGGGGGUCCCAGCGCCGCGUCCCCCGGGCGGCAGGGAGAGCCCGUCCGGGAGGAAGCUGCAUUGAAGAUGGUGAAAGGAACAUGUUUGAACUUUCAGGACCUUCAGGUUCUGCCAACUGGAGUGAGGAGGGAGCACCACUCCUGACUUUGAGUCUUGUCUCUCCACAAUUUCCAUGGCCGUUCAGGAGUUGUAGGAGCUCCUGUGGGCUGAACAAUCGAGGGCUGGAGGAAUGAUUGGAACAAGACUAAUUCCUGGGAUUUCUCAGCCGUGGCUGUCUGUCCCUCGUGAAGCUGCCCCCUCCCAGCCCAUGCGGCUCUCCCCAUGCCCCGAGUGUGCAACUGGUGCCGAACGCAAUGUGUGUUUGUCAAACCAUGGAAGUGGGCAAGUAUGGCAAAAAUGCCAGUCGAGCCGGAGAGCGAGGGGUCCUGUUGGAACCUUUCAUUCACCAGGUGGGCGGCCACAGCAGCAUGAUGCGCUACGAUGACCACACUGUUUGCAAGCCCCUCAUUUCCCGAGAACAGCGCUUCUACGAGUCCCUGCCCCCGGAAAUGAAGGAGUUCACGCCUGAGUACAAAGGUGUGGUGUCCGUCUGCUUUGAGGGAGACAGUGAUGGCUACAUUAACCUGGUAGCAUAUCCCUAUGUGGAGAGCGAGGUCUUGGAGCAGGAUGACAUGCCAGAGAGGGACCAGCCUCGGCGCAAGCACUCCCGCAGGAGCCUUCACAGAUCCAGCAGUGUCGGUGAGCACAAGGAGGAGAGACUUGGCCUGGCCGGUGACAACCCUGAGAGCAGCAUCCAAGAGACAAAGAGCCCUAAGGUGGAGCUGCACAUCCAUUCCGAUGUUCCGUUUCAGAUGCUGGAUGGGAACAGCGGCCUGAGCUCGGAAAAGAUCAGCUACAACCCAUGGAGUCUGCGCUGCCAUAAGCAGCAGCUGAGCCGCAUGCGAUCGGAGUCCAAGGACCGAAAGCUCUACAAGUUCCUUUUGCUGGAGAAUGUGGUGCACCAUUUCCGAUUUCCCUGUGUGCUUGACCUGAAGAUGGGGACCAGGCAGCAUGGAGAUGAUGCUUCUGAAGAGAAGGCUGCUCGGCAGAUGAAGAAGUGUGAACAGAGUACCUCAGCGACGCUGGGUGUGAGAGUUUGUGGAAUGCAGGUCUAUCAGCUGGACACGGGACAUUACUUAUGCAGAAAUAAGUACUACGGCCGUGGUCUCUCCAUUGAGGGGUUCCGCAGUGCCCUCUACCAGUACCUCCACAAUGGCCUAGAGCUGCGCAAGGACCUUUUUGAGCCCAUACUCACCAAACUCCGGAGCCUGAAGGCUGUGCUGGAGAGGCAGGCAUCCUACCGCUUCUACUCCAGCUCCCUCCUCAUCAUUUAUGACGGGAAGGACAACAGGGCAGGCAUGUUCAUGGAGCGCAGGGCAGAGAUGCGCCUAAAGCGAGUGGACACCUCUCUCCUAGAGAGCCUGCAGGAUGACACCAGCACAGAGCCCAGCCCUUCUGCCCAGCCCAAGGUGGAUGUGCGCAUGAUUGACUUUGCACACAGCACAUUCAAAGGGUUUCGAGAUGACCCCACUGUGCAUGAUGGACCCGACGUGGGCUAUGUAUUUGGGCUGGAAAACCUCAUCAACAUAAUGGAACAGAUGCGGGAGGAGAACCAGUAGGCCUGGGCUGUGCCCAUUCAUUCCUACCCUAGUGGCAGGAGCAGGAAGAAGCAAACAACUUUGGUAUUCAAUGGUUCGCUCACUCCCUUGUUUAUAACUGUCCUCUGGGCUGGAAGAUCUGUGUGAGGAGUGUUUAGAUCUCGGCCGUCCUGCUGCCCGUGUGGUUUUGACUGCACUAGCCUUACCUUCUGGAAAAGGCUCCCAGAGGCCCUGCUGGAUGACAGGCUCACUGCUGUUGUGCAUCGGUCUCUUCAUUGUGUAUGUAUUCUAGAAGAAGGACCUGGCCACAGGGAAGAGAGGAGUAAGCCAGCCCUUCAGGGUGGAGAUGGAGUUUACACUGGCUCUGCUCCCCAGAAGUCCCAGCAGAGCCUUUGGUUUGAACCUCUUCUGUCAUUUGGAAAGGGCAUUCAUUCAAAUGAACCGGAAGUAUCUAUGGAGCUGAUGGGUGCAGCACACUCAAGCUGUUUCCUAUGGUACCAGCUGUUGGAACAGCUAGCCCUGCUCCAGGAUUGUGAUUGAUUUGAUUGAUUGAUUGGGAAGUUAGUUUAUGAUACCGCAUUUAUCUUCUCCAGUUUGGGCAUUGUGACAAAUCAUCCCAAAUGGGCAGGAAUAAAUGACGGAACAAAACCCAUUGCAGAGCUGCAGCAAUGGGUAAAUCGCCUUCCCCCACAGACUGCUGUGGGGUCAGUCAGGGAGGCUUUGCUACCACCCCAGCUGGCAGAGAAACUUGUGCAGGGCUGUAAUGGCAGGCAGGCCUGAAGGAGUUUGUUCCAUCAGGGAUAAGCAUGAUGUUCCUGUGAGAUUGACCUUGCCUCGGUGCAUCGUUCCAAUGAGAGUUCAGCUAACUGGCCACAGUAUUAACAGCAAGUGAAUUCACACCCCAACUAUUCCACUAGGGUAUAUCAAGCUAUUCCCAGCCUUAGUGUUUGUAUAGCAUAGGCACAGCAGCUGGGAUGGGAGUAUCUUCCUAGCCACAUCCAGACCAGGCACUGCAGCAUGAGACUGUUGUCUUUUUUGACUCCUCCUAGGGCAGGGCUGACCCAUUUCACACUCUGGAACAGUCUGUCACAGUCCCUGGGGUGGGGAAAGGUAAGUGGCUGAGGGGCCGGGGUUUCAGCCCUACCUUGGAAGGAUCCUAGUGGAGUUAAUGAGGAAGAAGAGUCUUAGCUGAACUAACAGAGGGCUUCAAGCUGUCCCCAUCAUGUUGUCUUUUGAGCCUCAUGCUGGAGUUGCUCAUUCACAGAAGUGCCUCUUCUGUGGGUGGAAACAGCUGCUUGGCUGGCAUGGUGACCCCCUACCUGGCCUACUCUCAGGGAACUGAUAUCUGCUGGCUUGUAUUAGGGUUGGAUACAGCUGUCUGGCUGAACAUGGCUUGGCUGUGCUCUGGCCUAGUGUCCACUCCCACAAGUGAAUUUCUGUGCUGGGGACUUGAGUGACAGCAGGAAAAAGAGGUGCUCUGACCUCUUAGAGCUAAGUGAAAGCAUCAGGUCAUUGCCUGAGCAAAGCUGUCUAGUCUCCAAGCUGAGGAUGGACACAGUGCCUGUGGCUCAGGGUUUUCUGUAUCAGAGGGAUUCUCCAUCUAAAUGUGUCGUUUCCAUGGCCCUGAGACUACUUCUUCUAACCCAGACUGUCAUCUGCGGGUGAGUGCUUGGCCCUGCACAUUGCAGAUGCACUAGACUCUUUCACUCUGCACUUUGCCUGGGGAGCAUAUGUGCAGGGGCCUAUCCGUCUGCGGUUGCUGCAAAGAAUGCAGGAUUUGGGGUCGUAGGGUCUCAAUCCUGUUACUGCUAGUUGGUGGGGGAGGGGAAGAGGGGAACAGUGCUCAAAUUUGUGCUAAAGCUUAAGACUGUCUCUUGACUACUCUGCUGAGCUUGGUUAAAGCCCAUGCCCCCCUCACGCCUUGCAGAUGGGGGCUGGGCUCUUGGCCAUGGCAUUAUUACAUUUGUUAGGUUACUCCUUCCUCCGUGUCCAUUAGCUCUUCCUCCACAAGCAGCUGCUAAUGAGAUUUUCUCAGUGGCCAGGACACAGCAGCCAAAGAUGGGCUGCUGGAGGCAAUGCAGUUGUUUCCAUGAUUGAAGCAAAGAAGUCCAAGUUAGCUGGGCAGAAAUGCAUUAAGGUCCUUGGGCAUUGUGACCAAUCAAAUCCUAAUGUAGUGGCCUGCCUUCCUCACUGGCCCUACUAUGGCAGGUAGCGCUAAGGAGGGGCAUUUCACACCGGGAAGGGGACUCCUCCUCAUGUGGUUGCUUGGUCUUUCAGCAUUCUCAUUUUCCCCUAUUCUGGGUAUUGUUGAGGGAAGCGGGGAUAUAUGUCACAGCUCUCUCUUGUUUCUCCCCGUGGAUCCUGCACUGAAGUCCUAAUGCUGAGUGUGGCAAGGCUUGUAUGUUUACUUUGGUCCAGUACCAGCCCUGUAUUAGAUCCUGGUUCCAGGGUCACACCAACAUAGCUGGCCUGUGCAGGAGCUCCUGUCUCUACACCAGUCUCCUCAGUCAUAGUGAGAGGUGUAUACACAGAUCACUAGCAACAUGGUGCAUUUCCUGUUUGGCUCCGUGUGAUUCCCCUUGCCAAGUAUCUUUGGACCAUCCCGAUAAAAUUUUCAGAACUUAUAAAUAGCCUUGACAACAGAAUUGUUCUGCUUGUUGGAGGGGUUUUUAUUCUGUUUGUGCUUCAUGAAUAACCAAAAGAAAUGGAAGGUUUAGUUUUGCCAGUGCUGCAGUGUUAUGUUUCUACACAGCAUGAUCACAAUGCAUAGACUUGCUCAGUAGCAAUAACCCUUCCCAUCCCAUCGGAGUGCAGUGACAUGCAGGACAUGGCAUCAGAUGAGCCUCAGGCUGGGCAGGAGAUGAAUGCAAGUGCCUUGGACUUCUGGAGUCUCGAGUUGCUUAUCUGGCUUAGAGCACAAAUGGAAUGGCUGUUUUCCUGCUAAUCCCUCCUAGACGCCGUCAACACACUCCGGUCACCCUUGCAGCAGCCUCCUUAAUACAGGCAUAGCUGGAAUUGAGGUACAUAGGCAUUGCCAGCUGUGGGACAUUUCCCCAGAGCAUACAUGAUGGAAGUGAGGCACUUUCACAUCUGGCUGUCAAUCCAGGGCGAGUUAGUAACUCGAAGGUAGCCCAGUGGGCAUGCUGCAUGGGCAGCUCCUGCAUCUUGGCACUUCCUUGAACCCAGAGCAACAUGGGGCAGUGGAAGUGACAAUAGAAAGGCUUCAAGUGGGAGGUGGCCAGGUCAGCAACACAUGAAGAAAGUUGUUUCCUCAGCUGUUCUUUGUGGUGAGAUUUCUAGAUAAUUGCUCUGGACAAACAUGGAGAUGUUGCUGGAUUUAUCUCCCUCUUGCUCUCGGAGAUACAGCAUAGAGCUGGAUGCUAGCUCUGCAAGCAGCUCUCCUUGAUGUUUCCAAAGCAGUAAACGUCCCCAAAAGUGAGACUUGCAGAUCCAUUGGCUCCUGCUAACCUCACAGCUUGCCCUGCCUUGCAGAGAAGGGAAUGAAGGGAAUGUACCCCUAGGGGUAUGCUUCUGCCCAGGGCUCGUACAGGAUGUUAUGUGAAUGGGCUUUGUUGCUGGUUUGCAGAGAUUGUUACUUUACUAGUUUUGGGUGAAACAAAAAGUUACUCUUAGGAACUAUAGCCCCAAGCAUGGCCAAGGUCAGAGCAUUUGCUUUUAACACUGUAGGAAGUGUUCUUCCCCUUCUGGGACCAGGAACCAGGAGUCUCUAGAUAGCCCCUUCCUGAGAAAUGUUCCAGCCCCUGGCUACUGCCUCGGUCUAGGUAAAUCCUCACAUUAGAUAAUUAUGCAGUUAGCAGAAUUCUCAUAGAGCCAAUCCUAUUUAAAAAUGGGUUCUGUAUUUUUCAUUGUGGAACUCCCCAGACAUUUCCCAAAGCCAAAUGGUUCAGUAUUUCAUUGGUUUGACUUGGAAGAACAAAAGAAAAGGUGCUUUUCUCCUCUACCCUGGGAAGCAGUGUUGUAGUUACCACAAGGAGGUAGGAGUGAGUUGAUGUAAUGUAACCCUGACCUAAGAGUUUCCCAAGUGAGUGCACCCUUAUGUUUAAAUGCAGAGGACUGGCUGACCUGGCCAUAAAUGCAGCUGCUUGGUGUUGGAGUCCAAGGUUAUGAGGGUGCUUUUUGGACAGCCCUUUUCUAAAAAACAAUUUUGCAUGCAUUGUACACAGUCAAAUCCACUUCAGGUGUUUGCAGAUAAAUAGUCCUUCAGUCCUGUCAAGCAGCAUAACCUGUUUGCCUCCUUUCAGAAUUUGCGAACAUUUCACGCCCAGCAACGUGAACAUCUGUAGCAGAAUAUAUACACUCUGUGGUUGCCUUCAUGUAGAAAGAUGGACUUGCUUUCAGCCUUUUGGAAUACAUAGCCAGUCAAUCUCUAGCAAUAGUAUGAUCUGCUAGUAUUGAGAGCAUGUAUAGUCUAUUAUCAGUGCAAGGGUUUCUCUGUAUCUAGGUCUCUGGUCUUACAAACAUGGACAAAAGAGAACAAGACUGUUCUACAGAUAAACACUCUGUGGUUGGGAGGGCAGCAGGGGCUUGUUUUGUUGCCUAAAGCCAUGGGGAUUUGGAUGGGUUGCUGCUGUGUUGGGGACGAUGUUGGGCUGUUGUCCUCCUUUCCUGGCCUGGCGGUUAUUCCUGCCCUGUAUGCUGUCAUUGGUGGCUCUUCUUGCUGUGUCAGUGGGAGUGGACGCCGCUUUCCCUAGCUAGCAGCUUUGAUAUUUGAGUUGGGCUGGUAAGUGUAAUCUCUGUAUAAGAAUUAGCAGAUGUAAGGUUUUGAAACCUUCCUGUGGAGAUGUUAAAUCUGCAUAAAGCACACUUGGCUCCAAAGUGGGUAGCACAUUCUGUGCAGUUUCUGUGAAUUUGGCCCCUACGCAUAGUGGCUUCUCUCAACUCUUGUGCUAGAGCAAAAGCUGCAGGGAGCCAGUUUCCUCCAGAGCUGGAGAAGGGCGGGAAGGACUCAUCAGCUGUAACUUGCUCAUUCCUGCACCCUAGCCUGUGUAACCUCAGGCUUGUACCAAACAGCCCUGUCCCCACAGAGGACCAAACCCUGACUCAGGGCCCGCUUGCAUGCCUGCUGCUCUUGGGUGUGUUGUGUUACGGGGCCAAUGGAGGAGCAGUAGCUGCUCGAGGAUGUUUUCCCAACCCAGAGCUGUGUCACCUAACUCAUCACAUAAAGCUGAUACUCAAGUCAACAUGGAGGGUGCAGUCUGUGGAUGUGGCAGCUCCCCAGCAUGCACUACUCCAUUGUGAUGCAAUCAGCCUGGUUGUACUGCUUGCUCUAUAGGCCAAACCUCCAUGUUAAAGUGGAGAGCAGUGACAUUCUGACCUCCUGGAGGGGCAAUUGUUGAGACUGCAGUCCUGCGACUUCCUCAUUUUUAUGAUGGGCCCCAUCUCCUUGUUUCCCACUCCUAGACUCUGCCCAGAACAGAGUCACCCAAACCAGAAGUUCAGACUUCGGUGUUUGUAUUUGUACUGUUAUUGCAUGUUUAUCUCAGGAUCAAAAUGCUUGUGUACUUGAAAGGUCCAGGUGUGGAGGGAUCUGUGGCAAGUGUAGGAGGACUUGUUACUGGGGGAGGGGAAGGAGCCGUCUGAAACAGAGAGCUUUAACCCUCUCCUGCCCUGCAUCCAUUUGGCUUGUCUGAGAGGUAUGCAGCAUCAUAUUGUCUUCAAGCAUUUCCUGCAUAUUUUUAGAAUUCUCUUUCAGCCCCACUUUACUGGGCCAAGUCAAGCUUAUGGGCAUGAAAAGUACCAAUACUUGUACUCCAGACGCUGCAACAUUACCUCUCCUGCUGUCUCUAAAGUCAUGUAUAUACAAAUAAAAGCUGUUAGAAAUUUA